AUGAUCCAAAUUGACACAUCCCGACUGGAGCAUUACUCGUGCUUCUUACGAGAACUCAGCAUCAUUGAGGACUAUAUAGAGCUCUCUACGUUGGAGUAUCUGGCACCUCAUCUUCCCAGCGAUUUCUGCUUCCUCCCACGAACCCGUGUCCUUAAGCUACAUCUCUCGGGUGACAUGGAGGGUUUCGACAUGCUCAUCGGACCCGAGCUCGUGGAUGUGCAUAUUGAAAUCGACAGUGACUGGACGUCGAUGAGGUGCGGCAUCACCUUUCUCGCAAGGAUGUGCUGCGUAUGCACCAAUCUCGAAGUGCUCCGGCUGGAUAUACGUUUUGAAGGAGAAGCUGAAGCUGAAUUGUCGAGUCAUGUUGGUACGUUCGUGCAAAUGGUGCAAUCAACAUAUCCUCGGCUACGCAUCCUUCACCUCUUGGCCAUACACGAUUAUGAUUAUCGCUGCGACCCUGAGUUCACGUCGAGGCCCAUCAUCGACCUUCUUCGAACCACGUGCGCUCGCGCCCAAGAAUUCUCGUCGGUCCAUAUUCCAGUCCCUGAAAAUGGUGUCAUCAAGCUCGCGAGAAAUCCUAACCUCCGCGACGUGUGGAUCUGCCUCGACGAGACACCUCUCGAACGUCGUAUCUUCGAAGGGAUCCAUCGUCCCUUCUCGGCUUUGCAUGCUAUGCGCUUCAGCGUCAAGCAUAUGGAUGAAAGUUCCUUAUCUUUUCUGGGCAGCGUCAGCUCAGCGGUCCUCACGAGGCUCAUCAUUGAUGUUGAGGAUGACUCGGAGAACCUCGACCCAACAAUGCUGUGCGCGCAUAUUCAGUGUCAUCCCACUUACUCGUUGUACGAAACCAACGUGUUCGGUGUCGUAGUGGGGGUUUUGUGCUCGUGGGAUCGGAACCCGGGUGUUGUCGACAAACCUUCACAUGAAGUAGUCGAGUACAUGAGCAUCAGUCGUGGUGUGCCGGGAAAGAACAAUACCGUCGCUCAGCUUCAUGCGAUCGCGGGCUACGUUCGGGGAGUCAGCGUGACGAUUCUCGACUCUAUUUACGAACGCGUUGCCCCCCAACAAGCGGAGGAGGCAUGA